UCUUGGUGUUGCAAUGAAGGAUGAAGAGAAAGGAUUUGAAAGCAGAAAGCAAAGAAGAAGAAUCCGGAGGAACUGUUAUUAGAGUCAUGGAAAAGUGUGAAGACAUUCUGCGUGUUGAUGUUCAGGAUAAGAAGCAGAAGUGUGGAAUGGUCACAGAUGGCAUUAAGGUUUUUGAGAAUUUGAAUGAAAAAAAGCUCGAUGGAGAAAAAGCAAAGGGUAUUCAGGUUUUCGACAAGUACCCUAGCAAGCUCCAUGAGAAGCUUGCUCUGUUAGAAGGGAAAGUUCAGAAGAUUGCAUCGGAGAUCAAAAGAACAAAGGAGAUGCUGGAUCUGAAUAAGCAGGAUGAGUCCAAACUCAUUCUUUCUGACAUUCAGACCAAAAUCACUGGACUUGAGAAAGCUGUGGGUCAGGUGAUGGAUGGGGCUACUCAAGGUGAAGCUAGUUCAACUAAAUUAAAUUUAGGUGACGUUUUACAAAUUAAGCAUGUGGUGAAUGCCGCUGAAUCAAAACAUUCUUCCAAAGGAUUGAAUCAUGAGCAGUUAGAAGCAAGGUUUUUCCCGCAUCACAAGCUGCUUAGAACACGAACAUCACUGAGUUCUGCAGGAGAGGAAGAUGGAGGCACAAAUCCAAUUUCAUUGAACAACAGUUCUUCGAAGACAGAAGGUGGGUCAGUGAGCCCCAUUGAUGAAAACCCCAUUGCAAUAGAGUUUUUGGCUUCUCUUACUGGAGACCGGCAAUCAGAUUCCUCCACAGUUCGUGAAUUAGCUAUGGAGAAGACAGAUUCUUCCUCAGUUCAGCAGGUUUCAGAGAAGGUGAUCAGUGUCUAUAAGAAUGAGGAUAGUUCUUUGAUGGCUAAUGAGAAGCUCGAUGAAUUUGAUGAGCAAGAGAAUAAGCCUGUGAUGAUCCUACAGGAGGAGACUGAGGAAUCUAGUACAAAUGAACUAUUUGAGAUAGGCUGCAAGACCUCAACUGGCGGGUGGUUUGUUUCUGAAGGGGAAGCUGUUCUUUUGGCGCAUGAUGAUGGUUCUUGUUCUUAUUAUGAUAUAGCAAACUGUGAGGAGAAAUCUUUAUACAAGCCUCCUGUAGGAGUGUCAAACAACUUAUGGGGUGACUGUUGGCUGGUGCGAGCCCCUGGUGCAGAUGGCUGUUCCGGAAAAUACAUUAUUGCGGCAUCAGCAGGGAAUACUUUGGACAAUGGCUUCUGCUCAUGGGAUUUCUAUACUAAACGUGUUCAAGCAUUUAAAGCAGAGGAUGGAAGUCCUAAUCCGGUCUCGAUCUCAACAUCCAGGGUGGCUCUUGCACCUGUGUCCAAUGUGUCUAUGCAAAGAAGAAGUACUUCAUGUUUGACAUCAUCCAUUGAGGGUCGGCAAUGGUGGUACAGGCCCUGUGGACCACUCUUACUUUCAACAGCUAGUCGACAGAAGGUUGUUAGUGCUCACGAUAUUCGUGAUGGUGAUCUCGUGAUGAAAUGGGAAGUCAAUAGCCCGGUGGUGGGCAUGGAGUACACUAGUCCUCUGCAAUGGAGAAGCAGAGGGAAGGUUAUUAUAGCAGAAACAGAAGCAAUUAGUCUUUGGGAUGUCAACUCACUCAACCCGCAACCGUUGUUAUCUGUUCCUUUUGCGGGGAAAAAGGUCUAUGCUCUCCAUGUGAACAACACCGAUGCAGAACUGGGUGGAGGUGUUCGCCAGAGAGUGAGUUCAUCUGAAGCUGAAGGACAUGAUGGCGUGUUCUGCAAUCAAGAAAGUGUCAAUGUGUUUGAUUUCCGUCUUCCAUCUGGCAUUGGCCUUAAAAUUUCCCGGUAUGGAGGCAACGGCCACUCAAUCUUCUCCCGUGGAGACUCCAUUUUCGUUGGUAGCACAGAAGCAAGACUUCCAGUGAGGAGCAACCUCCGGUCAAGCCUGCAACAGUUCUCACUGCGCAAAGGAAACCUCAUUGCAACAUAUGCUCUUCCAGAAUCCAACUCACACUAUCAUCACUCAUCCAUAACUCAAGUAUGGGGCAACUCCAAUCUGGCCAUGGGCAUAUCUGGCAUGGGCUUGUUUGUAUUUGAUACUCUUCAAGACGAAUCUAAGCAAUCAACCCGCAUCGAUCAUAACAACAUAGUGCAAGCAAAGGAGACCAUUGGCCCGGACAAUCUAUACCGCCCAACUUUUGAUUAUUCAGGAUCAAGAGCACUCAUUAUAUCAAGAGAUCGACCCGCAAUGUGGAAGUAUUUGUUGUAGCUUAUCUCAAGCUUCAAUUAGGUGUUAAAUCAAUUCUCUAAUAUUUAUGUUAUGGUUGUUUCUUUCUGUAAUUUUGUGCCUGUUUAUGUUGUUAUUCAGACAUCAAGCUCUUGUUCUUUGGAGGUUUGUUAUGUAUAACUUAAAAGGAAAUUGCAAUCAAUGCAAUUCAUAUCA